AUGGCGGCCUUCACGGUGACGGAGCUGAAGCAAAAGUUGAAGGAUGCGAUCGAAAGGAUCGUGGAAGAUGAAGAUUACUCCGUUCACACUGCAGACAAAGCUAUCCGUGUUCUUUCUGCACUCAAGGAUUUGAAGUGCACCGCUUCUACCUCAAUCAACGUCGAUCUAAUGACACCCGUUCCCCCACUAUUUCAAUGCCCUCUCUCCGGUCACUUGAUGACAGAUCCUGUUAUCUUGACCACUGGACAGACUUUUGAUCGUCCAGUCAUCCAGAGGUGGCUGAAUGAAAUCAACGGAGCUAACCCUUGUACCCAACUUGUUCUCAGUCACUGUAUUCUCACUCCCAAUUUCAUGCUCCAAGGCAUGAUUUCAGAGUGGUGCAGAGAAAACGGAGUUAACCUGCCAAAUCCCGUUUUCGACAUGUACAACGAACCACUAACCGAGGCACACAGACACCGUUUGCGAUCUCUGCUCUUCAAGCUGUCACUGUCACUUCCUGAGCAGAAAGCAGCUGCAAAGGAGCUUCGUGAGUUAGCAAAAAGAAUGUCCGCAGUUCGAACAGUCCUCGGGAGCACGCAAAUGAUUAAGCUUUUGAUGCAUCCGUUAUCAUCCGGCACAGCUCCUCCGGACCCCGAACUCCAAGAUGAUUUGAUCGGAACUUUUGUAAACCUCGCAAUACACGACACGAACAAGAAGUUGUUGGCAGAAAACGAAAAAGUGGUCUCCUUUCUGAUUGAUUCGUUGAAAUCCGGACAAGUUCAGACAAGAAGCAAUGCAGCUGCAGCUUUUGCGUCGAUGGCAUCUCUUGAUUCGAACAAGCAUAUAAUUGGAAGGGCUGGAGCUAUAAAAUACUUGGUGGAUUUACUUGAAGAGGGAGAUCCGUCAGCCAUGAAAGAUGCUGAAUCAGCCUUGUUCAAACUAUGCUUUGUUCGUGAAAACAUAGGGAGGACCGUGCGAGAAGGGGCAGUGCAGAUUAUUCUUGGGAAGAUCGUUGACCGUAUUCUUGUUGAUGAGAUGUUAUCACUGUUGGCACUUCUUGCCACACAUACUAAUGCCGUGGCAGCGUUGGUGGAUCAUGGCGGUGUCCGUUUAUUGCUUGAUAUCUUGAGGGAUACCACAGUAGAAAGCGUGAAGGAAAACGGUGCUGUAAUUCUACAUCUAAUCUGUUACCAUGACAAAGAGAAAAGGGUGGAAAUUAAAGAGGAAGAAGUGGCCAACGGCACAUUCUCAAAGAUUGUUCAAAACGGGUCCUCUAGGGCUAGAAGGAAAGCUAACUCCAUCCUUCACUGUCUUGGCAUAGGUAAGUCCACUUUGCAAAAGAGUCCGAAUUCAAAGUCGGAAAACACUCAGAGUCCAAGCUCUGGUGCAUGA